AAGAUGCAGACUCCUUGCCCUGCUUCAGGGCCCAGAGAAAACCGAGCGGCUCAGGCCUGGCGCUUAACGACUGGAUCUGCAAAGUGAAACUUUUCCAGUCCUGGUUGCAAGCUGCCUUCACCAUUCGCUCCUCGUUGGAAAAAUAACAGCUCUUAAAGGCGCGCGGCGGGAGGGAACAAAGGUCCUUUGCCCGGGGCCGCGCAUGCACGACGUACUCGGUAGCUGGCCCAGGCAUGGCUCCGCGUUGGCUCGCUCUCCUCGCGCGCGCAGGGCAGGCCAAAUGGCCGCUGCCUGGCUGUGCCUCUUACAGGCCGAGCAGCAGCAGCGCCGCCGCCGAAGCCACCAGCGACAGAAACCACCUAAUAUACACGCAAGAGCAUUUCGCCCUGAGAGCGUCGCUGAGAAAGAUUAUUGACAAAGAAAUUAACCCAUUUGUGGACAAAUGGGAAGAAGAGGGCCAGUUUCCAGCACACCAAGUGUUUAAAAUUCUGGGGAAGGCUGGGUUCCUUGGAGUGAACAAACCAAUUGAGUAUGGUGGCCUGGGAUUGGACUUUUCCUACAGCAUGGCAGUGGCAGAAGAGCUGGGAAAUAUUCGCUGCGGAGGUGUGCCCAUGGCCAUCGGAGUGCAAAGUGACAUGGCUACUCCAGCCCUUGCAAGAUUUGGAUCUGAUGAGCUGAAACAACAGUUUCUCGCCCCAACUAUUGCAGGAGAUGUGGUGGCUUGUUUAGGGGUCAGUGAACCUGAGGCAGGCUCAGAUGUUGCUGUGUCAGAUAGAAAUACUCUCACAAAAACAAAAAUGCUUGUGGCGGUAGAUAUUGUGAAGCUACCAGGUGUUCAUGUUGCUAAGAAAAUAGAGAAGAUUGGCAUGAGGUCAUCAGACACGGCACAGAUAUUUUUUGAGGAUGUCAGAGUUCCCAGUAAAUACCUCAUUGGGGAGGAAGGAAUGGGUUUUACAUACCAGAUGUUGCAAUUCCAAGAGGAGCGUCUGUGGGCUGCUGCCAACAUUCUUGCACCUCUUGAAAAUGUGAUACAGGAAACAAUUGAUUAUACUCGCCAGCGUAAGACAUUCAACCAGCCAAUACUUUAUAACCAAACAGUGCACUUUCGUCUGGCUGAAUUAACAACCGAGUUGGAGCUCCUUCGUUCCUUGGUGUAUCGAGCUGUUGCUCUCUACAUACAGGGCAAUGACGUGACCAAAUUGGCAUCCAUGGCAAAACUGAAGGCAGGACGUCUUGCUCGGGAACUAACAGAUAGUUGUCUUCAGUUCUGGGGAGGAAUGGGAUUCACGAAUGAGGUGCUAGUGAGCAGAUUGUACAGGGACUCAAGAUUGUUAUCAAUAGGAGGUGGUUCUGAUGAAGUCAUGCUUUCUAUUAUAUGCAAGUACAUGCAGACCUUACCCAAGAAGCAGCACUUAUAAAUUUACGUUUCCUCAUAUGUAAUCUGCAUUAGGUGGAUUGUCUUGAAUAAAUAAUAUACAAU